UACUGUACGAGGCAGACGUGUGACCCUUCCAGCCAGCUAUGCCCCUGCUGCCUGGCACCGUGGGCCUGGCAGGCCUGCUCUUCUGGGCAAGCCAGACGGUGAACGCUUUAAUGCCCAAUGCCACCCUGGCACUGGCUCGGACUGAGGGCACAGCCGUGUGGCCCCUGAGCGGCCUGGGGGUGCCCCGCUCCAGGCGGAAGCGCCACAUCUCUGCCCGGGACAUGAGUGCCUUGUUGGAUUAUCACAACCACAUCAGGGCCAGCGUGCACCCAUCUGCUGCCAACAUGGAGUAUAUGGUCUGGGAUGAGCGGUUGGCCAGGUCUGCCGAGGCCUGGGCCACCCAGUGCAUCUGGGCCCACGGGCCCUCACAGCUGAUGAGAUACGUGGGCCAGAACCUCUCCAUCCAUUCUGGCCGCUACCGCUCCGUGGUGGAGCUCGUGAAGUCUUGGUCUGAGGAGAAGCGGCACUACUUAUAUCCAGCCCCAAAGGACUGUAACCCUCACUGCCCCUGGCGCUGCAGUGGUCCGGUCUGCUCCCACUAUACCCAGAUGGUGUGGGCAUCCUCCAAUCGGCUGGGCUGUGCCAUCCACACCUGUGGAAGCAUCAGCGUCUGGGGCAGCACUUGGCACCAGGCAGUGUACCUGGUCUGCAACUACGCCAUUAAGGGCAAUUGGAUUGGUGAGGCACCGUACAAGAUGGGGAAGCCCUGUUCCGCCUGCCCCCCCAGUUACCAAGGCAGCUGCAGUAACAACAUGUGCUUCUCUGGACCCAAAUCCAACAGGCUGCUGUGGUUCUGAAUUUGCCUUGGGCUCUGGUGGGCCUCGGGCUGGGCCUCACCCUCCAAGGGUCCCUCCCCAAAGACCAGGUCAAGAAUCUUUUUUUUUUUUAAAGACAUGAAUUGGGCUCAGUCCACUGCUCUGACUUUUCCUCCUCAUUCCUCUUUCUAAAUGUCUUGCAUGUGCCAGAAGAAAACAACCUCCUUGCCUUCCUCUCUCCUCAGUUGCUUCUUUCUUUCUCUGGCCUCUGGGAAAGCGGCCUCGUGUCUUUAAUGGACUGAGUUUUCAGAGAGCCAGCGCUGGAAGGAGCAGUGGCAGCAGUUUUUGGACUCGCAGGGCUCAAACUCAUAAGUCUUUGUCCAUCCAAGAAUAUUAAAUAACCUUUAGCCAGCAGCCCGCCUUCAUUCAUCCGAUAAUAGCCAAUCAACUUCUGGGCAGCCUUUCAGGACCUGUGGUCCCCUUCCUGAGUUGGGCGCAUUUCAGGUCCAGGCUUUUAAAAAAUAAUUGAAAUUAGCUAUGGACACCCCAUUCCUAGUUCACAUUACUGGAGCCACCUCAGGGCCCAGGCCCCCCUUUCACAGAUGGGUACACUGAGGCUCAGUGAAGGGGUGUGACUUACUGAGAGCUGCACAGCUUGUCUGCGAAGGCACCCAGGUCAGCGCUCAAGCUCAUCCCCUUUAGACUUAACUGAGCACUCAGGACUGAGUGCAGAAAACCAAAGUUGGCCUGAGGGGACUCUCUUUCAGAGCCUGUCUUCUUCUCUCCUCCCCUCCCCCCACUUUCAAUCACUCUCUCUCUGCUUUGGUCUCUCCCUUUCAUCUGCAUGUCAGCUCUAUCCCUAUCUCUCUUGCUUUGUAUUUCUCUUGUAAAAUCUUAUUCCCAUUCGCAUUAACCAUUUCCCCUCUCCCUACCCCACCCUACCCAGAUACCAUUAACACACAUAAGCCCUUUUGUUUCCAGAGAUAGUAAAAUUUCUCCCUCAGACCUUGCCCUCCACCUGGGGCCCACUCCCUGCCUGGCAGAUAGAAGCAGUUUCCUUUCCCCAGAGUCUCUUCUACCUUUUACUGGAAGGAGUGAAUUUCCUUCUUGGCCACAACUUGUGCAUGUCAACACCACCAGCACCACCACUACCACCACCCCUGCCCUGCCCCCAAUAAAGUCCUU